UGGGAUUAAUACAUGAGCUUUUUUCCCAUUUUCUUGGGAAUCACAGAGAAACUCUCAUGGUAGCAUGGACCGUCUCAAUGGCUCAGCACGUCUCAUGAUCGUCUCAGAUCUCGAUUCCACCAUGGUCGACCACGAAGACCCAGAAGACGUCUCUCUUCUCCGGUUCAACGCUCUAUGGGAAGCCCAUUACCGCCACGACUCUCUUCUGGUUUUCUCAACCGGAAGAUCGCCGGCUUCUUACAAACAGUUGAGGAAGGAGAAGCCCCUCUUGACCCCCGAUAUCGCCGUCAUGUCGGUCGGCACUGAGAUUGCCUAUGGCGACGCAAUGCUGGUCGAUGCUGGUUGGGAAGAGAUUCUGAGUCGCAAGUGGAACAGAGACAUCGUCGUUGAAGAAACCGCCAAAUUUCCUGAGCUUAUUCCCCAGGCAGAGAUAGAUCAACGCCCUGCCAAGGUUAGCUUUUUUGUAGAAAAGGUUAAUGCGCAGAGAAUAAUAGAUGUUCUAUCUGAGCGUUUAGAGAAAAGAGGGUUAGAUAUAAAAAUAAUUUAUAGCAGUGGCACUGCUUUGGACGUUUUACCGCGAGGUGCUGGAAAAGGGCAGGCCCUUGCAUAUCUGCUGAAGAAACUUGAAUCCGAUGGAAAACCACCUGCCAACACUCUUGUUUGUGGUGACUCUGGCAACGACACAGAACUGUUCAGCAUUCCAGAAGUCUAUGGCGUGAUGGUCAGUAAUGCACAGGAGGAACUUUUGCAGUGGCAUUUAGAAAACAUGAAAAGCAAUCCUAAAAUAAUUCAUGCAACUCAGAGAUGCACAGCGGGAAUCAUAGAAGCGAUUGGUAGGUUUGGUCUUGGUCCAAAUGUAUCUCCAAGAGACAUUAUGGACUUUCAAAAGUGGAAUGGAGAAAAUGUCAAUCCUGUUUAUGAAGUAGUGAAUUUUUAUUUGUUUUACGAGAGAUGGAGGUGUGCACAAGUGCAGAAGUCUGAGCAUUAUUUGCAGAAACUGAAAUCAAUGUUUUACCCCCUCUGUUCAUUCAUCCAUCCAUCGGGAACUGAGUGGUCUAUUCACCAGUGCAUAGACACAAUGGAAAGGCUACACGGGGACAGGCAGGGAAAACAAUACAAGGUAUGGGUAGAUCGAGUAUCGUCAGCACAAAUUGGCUCAGGCUCAUGGCUGGUGAAGUGCAAUAAGUGGGAAUCAUUCGGGGCAGAGCGGUAUUGCUGUUUGACAACAAUCUUAAUAAGUUCAAAGGCUGAUGUACCAAAUGCGUUGGUGUGGUUACAUAUGCAUCAGACAUGGUUGGACGGCCCGGAUGUAAAGCACCCUGAUACCUGGCUGUUCUAGGUUGCUAACAAGUCGUAAGGGACUUGCUGUUGAUUUUAGUGGCGGAAUCAAUGUCGUUUGGGCAACGACUUUGUUGCAUUCUCAUUUGAUAUUAUCAUCCUACUUCAUAUCAGGGUUCUUAUUUUUGUAGCAUGCAAUUUGACUGAGUACUGCUAGAUACAUCCGAAGCUAUAUCUUGUACUUUUUGAUUUUGUUGGAGACUAGUGACUGUUUUGUAUUUCUUUGUUAUUGUUAAUGAAAAACAGCCAAGUAGUGAAGAAAAUAGGGGAAAGAAAAUGAGAAUGAUCUUAUUCAGAAGGGCUUGACUCUAUUAGAUUAUAUGACUCUUAUAGAGGAGCCACUUGGAGGUACUUGAGGAAAAUUAGGUUCUAGCUAACGGAAUCUUACAUUCAUCUUUUAGCAGAAAAGUGAAUAUACAUCAACAAACUCAUUUCUACAUAUGUUAUAAAUUAAUAAUGGU